AGAUAGCGAUAAAUAGCGUAGUAUAUUGAUUAGAAAAAUUUUGCACAGAAGUGGAAAGUUUACCAAAAAAAAUCUUCCUUGGGUAAAUUAAAUCAUAUGAGGGCAGCUUGCAACGCUAUGUAUCGCAUUUUUAUUGCAACUAACGUCACAUUGAAUAAUUCUAUUCGUUUCAGAUUUUUAUGGAAGCAAAGGAAAUAUCACAAUCAGAACUUGACUUCCUACUACGAUUUCCGUAUAUUCCGGAGUUAACAAGCCCCGUAGACUUUUUAACAGAUGUCGGUUGGGGAGGGAUUAAAUAUUUGAGCCAAAUGGAGGACUUUCAAAAUUUAGAAAAAGACAUAGAAGGUGCUGCGAAACGGUGGAAGAAGUUCGUAGAAUCAGAUACGCCGGAACGAGAAAGUUUCCCACAAGAUUGGAAAAAUAAAACUGCUCUGCAAAGAUUAUGCAUCAUGAGGUGUCUUAGACUGGAUCGUAUGACAUACGCGAUUAGAUCGACAAACAGGAAAAUUACUAUACAAUAGCUGGCGACCUUAAUGCAAAACAUGCAAGCUGGAAAAACGAACUAAACAACACGAGAGGAAACUUCAUUACAAACUGGCUAGACAAUAAAAGUAUACACUACAAAAUAAACCAUUACAGCUCCGAGCUACCCUCUUACCGAAAAGAAGGCUCAUACCUGGGCACAUGCCUAGCAGACGCGCGAUUAAAAUUUCAAAAUGUUAACACACUCUCAAUAUCCUAGACUAUAACAGCGACCAUAACGCCAUAGUAUUUCAGAUAAACAAGAAUACAUCUGACUUCCUAACACUUGAAACACAGACCGAAACUCCCAGGUACGAUUACGAAAAGACAGACUAGAAAAAGUUCCAAAACCGACUCGAACAGGACUACGACCAGAAGAUCUACAACAACGUCAGCUUAACAAUCACACAAAUCGACUCAUUCAUAGACGAAAUAGAAAA